AGCCCUGCUGAAGCAUCAAUUAGUCGCCGUCACUUGAUGCUAACUGUUCAACUCUUAUGUUGUUUAACUGUUUCAGAGGAACUACAGACUGAUCGACUGUCCCCGAUACAAGUGUUGGAGGCAUUUCAAUGGCGAGCAAUCCAGGUCAAUGAGAAACUGAACUGCGCCGUAAGAUUUCUUCCAGACGCAAGGAAAAUGGCGGAGCUGAUUGAAGCCAAAUACAGAUUCCAAACAAGGAAGCCGCCAUUGUAUGGUAUUCCGUUCAGCAUCAAAGAAUCAAUAGUCGCCUUAAGCUGUUCUACACUUGGCUAUGCUCAAAACCUUGGUAAGAUUAACCAAAAAGACGCUGCAAUGGUCACCACAAUCCGAGAAGCUGGCGGAAUCCCAUUUGUACUCACAAAUGUGCCGCAGAGUUUGCUCUCGUUUUCUUGUUCGAACCCAAUAUUUGGGACGACCCUCAAUCCUUACGAUCCGUCUCGGACAUGCGGUGGAUCAUCCGGUGGCGAAGCAGCACUCAUCAGCUCCAAUGGUUCCGUCAUUGGCAUCGGUGGAGACGUUGGAGGCAGUAUUAGAAUCCCGGCACAUUUUUGUGGCAUCGUAGGCUUCAAACCUACCGGUGAUUUGUUCAGUCACGUCGGCAGCUACGCAUCGGUCCCAGGCCGUCCACUUAUUUGUGCUUGUCUUGGGCCAAUGGCUAGAGAUGUCGACAGCGUUGUUCUAUUCAUGCGAAUCGUGCUUUCUCUUGGCAUGCAUAACCUCGACCCAUAUGUUAUUCCGUUUACCUUCCAAGAAGAAGUUUAUACUUCUGAAAAGAUUUUGACUAUCGGAUACUACACUGAUGGAUUUUUACCGCCGAUAUCAGUAUGCGGACGAGUUGUAAUGAUGACGAAGGAAAUGUUGGAGAAGAAGGGGCACAGGCUGGUUAAGUUUAAUCCACCAGAUAUAAUGCACCUCGCGGCACUCUCUUGCGGGUCCUGCAUACUAGAUGGUGGGCAGUACAUUUAUGACAAGCUCAGAAACGACAUAUUGGAUGCGAACACAGUCUAUACGUACUGGAUGUACUUCCUGCCUCUUUGGCUGCGAAGACUGCUUGGCAAGAUCUUGCCAUCCUCCAUGUGGCGCGUGCGCUUUCUCCUGAACUUGUUCGUCGAGCAAUGGAAAAAUGCCGGUUUGGACUGCCUCAUUUGUCCGGUGAACUCCUGCGCUGCUUUGCCACAUUCAUACCCCCAAAAAUUGCUACCAGCAGCAUUGUUCACCAUCCACUACAACCUUUUAAACUUUCCCGCAGGUGCUGUGCCUUGCACAAACAUUACCGAGUCAGACGAGGCUGAGCUGAAACAGCGCUACGUUGUUAAUGACAUUUUCUCAUCCAAGGUAUUCAACGCUUUCAGCAAGGAAUCCAUAGGACUGCCAGUUGGUGUGCAGUGCGUGGCUCUGCCAUUCAUGGACGUUGUAUGCCUACGACUAAUGUCCAUAAUUGAAGAAUGUUGGACCGCGUUGAAGAAUACCGGUUGUUCUUAA